AUGUCUAACUUUGUGGAGCUGGUCCAAACUCUGCUUGAAGACCCAGCGAAGAGGGAACACUUUUUUCAGUACGGCACUAAGUAUGACACAGCACUGCAGAUUCUGCAGUGGGAGUUCUUCUCCAGACUGAAGGAGCUGCUGCCAGUGCCCAGCUUUACACAGACAGCAUCUUGUCUCAGCCUUGCCUUCUCUGACCUGGAGGAGUGUGUUCAGUCUGUCUCUGACCCUGAGCACCUGGAGACACUGCUACAGCAUCAAAGACAACUGGGACACCUAAACAGAAAUCAUUUGUUCUACGACUCUGACACCAUCCUGUCCACUCUGUCCCUCACUUCCUUGGUAAACUUUAAACAAACUUCAAUGGAGGAUCGAGGUCGUGACACUAGGAAGAAAGAACAGGAGGGUGGAGAAGAGUGGCGACCAAAAAUCAGUUACGAUGAAACCAAUAAGGAAACUGAUGAGUGCGCUGAACGACUUGAAGAGGCUGGUGAACCCAGUUCUGGACAGCAGAAACCAGGAUCAUCAUUACAGGCUCGUCCAGUGGCCGUCGACGAACCGGCUAGUGACAUGCCCUCCCAGGUCUUCUCCUGCCCCCAGUGCCCAUUCUCCCACAGGAGAGAGGUGAACCUUCAGCAGCACAUCAGGAAGGAACAUCUAACAGAGGAGGACAGCAGGAGCCUGGACUCUGGAGGAGCUGAGAACUCACUGCCAUCCAGUGAAACAGUACAGAGACCCUCAAUCAAGACAACCAAGAAGUACAUCUGCUUUAAAUGUGGGUAGGGUUUCAGAAGCCCAUCGGGCCUGAAACGACAUAAGGGUGUUCACACAGACAUGCAGCCGUUCCAUCGCAACCAGUGUGAGAAAAUAUUCAAAUCGAACGCUAGUCUAAAACGGCACCAACGAGUUCACACAGGAGAAAGGCCUUAUGUUUGCUCACAUUGUGGCAGGGGGUUUAGGACAUCUGAUAUCUUAAAAUCACAUUUACGCAUUCAUACUGGGGAGCGACCCAGUGUACAAUAUGUGGGAAGAGAUUUAUUCAACAGCAUUUACUAACAAGACACAUCAGGAUGCACAGUGGAGAGAAACCAUACUUGUGUAGCAUUUGUGGAAAGACCUUCCCUUGCUCAGGGGAACUGAUUGUACACACAAGGAUCCACACAGGGGAACGACCGUAUCAUUGUGAACAAUGUGGGAACACUUUUAGUCUAGCAAGUAAACUGAAAGUGCAUCAGCGAAGUCAUACAGGCGAACGCCCAUACCCCUGUACACAGUGCCCCAAAGGCUUCUCCACCUCCUACAGACUAGUGAAACGCAUGCGAACUCAUACUGGGGAGAAACCUUACCCAUGUGUAAAGUGUGGUAAAAGAUUCUCUGAAAGGGGAAACAUGAGAAUACAUCAACGAAUGCAUGAAAAA